GCGACGGCGGCGGCGGCGGCUCCCCCUUCCCCGCCUUUCCCCGCCGCCCCGCCGCCGGAGGGCUCUUCCCGCCCGGGCUCUUGGCCCAACUUCGCCGUCGUCUGCUCCUUCCUGGAGAGGUACGGCGCCCUCCUCGACCUGCCCGAGCUGCCCUUCCCGGAGCUGGAGCGCGUUUUGCAGGCGCCGCAGGAGCCCGGCGACCAGGUUCCACGAGAAUUGGUCGAACUGCAUCUGAAACUGAUGAGGAAGAUUGGGAAAUCCGUCACCGCCGACCGAUGGGAAAAAUACUUGAUCAGGAUGUGUCAAGACUUCAACAGCACCUGGGCGUGGGAGAUGGAGAAGAAAGGAUACCUUGAAAUGAGCACCGAAUGCAAACUGGGAAUUUUGAAGUACCUUUGCGAAUGCCAGUUUGAUGACAAUCUAAAGUUUAAGAACAUCAUCAACGAGGAAGAUGCCGACGCCAUGCGCCUUCAGCCCCUCGGCCGAGACAAAGAUGGUUUGACCUACUGGUACCAGCUGGACCAAGAGCAUAACGUCCGCAUGUACGUGGAAGAGCAGGACGAUCCAGAGGGAACUUCGUGGAAGUGCAUCGUCAGAAGCCGAAAUGAGCUGGCCGAAACUCUGGAGCUCCUGAAAGCACUUGAUCCUGCCCUGUUGAAAACCCAGGAUAACUCUUUGCAAGAGAGUCCUAGCACUGAAGAAGAAGAGCAAAAAGAGGAAGGGACGGCAACGCAAGAAGGCGAAUUGAAGGUGAAGGAAGAAAAAAAGGAGCCAACAGAGGGACCGCCACAGCCCUGCGAAAACCUUCCACCUCCUGCCGCCCCGGCAGAGGAAAAGAAGAUCAAAGUAGAGAAAGUGGAAGAGAGAGACAUCAUAAAGCUCCCCGUUAUCGUAAAACUCGAAAAGCCUCCGGAGAACCGCGGGGAAGUGCAAGCUACCAAAGACGAAAACGACUCUUUCAAAGAGAACGUCAAGCCGGCUAAAGCGGAAGCGAAGGAGAACAAGCCGGAGCCAAAAGACUCCCGAGAGGUGAACAGCAACGCGGAGAGAACAGCCCUCGAACCCGAGAGGAUCGAGUUCUGCGUCAGCGUCAAAACCCCGCAAGACGUGACGGAGAGAACAGCGGAGGAGAACGAGAAACUUAAAAACGACCAGCAGGCCAAGAUCCCCCUGAAAAAACGAGAAAUCAAGCUGACGGAUGAUUUCGACAGCCCGCUGAAAGCGCCCUUGCGGAAAUGCAUCACGCCGACAAAAGACGUUUCGAAAGAGGACGGAGGCAAACCCGAGGAGGAGACCUUUAAGAGGGUCCCCACCAUCACCGACGGGAAGUUCCUGGUCAACGGGGAAUUGGGUUGCGAGAAACUCGUGGCGAAUAACCGAUUGGAGCGUUCGCCUUGCCUGAAGGAAGAGGCUGCCGUUCUGCCGAAGGAGAAAAACGGGCUCGGAGAGGAACGGGUCCAAGAGGGUAUCAGCACCAUCGUCAGGACCAGCGAUGUCGAGAGAUGCAUUUUGCAUCCCACGAAGGAGGCCGUGGGAGUGAUCGUGCCUUUACGGGAGGAUACGGGCCCCAAAGGGAGCGAAAAACAGCUGGAGGCGAAGAAGUCGGACGGGGUGGCCGAGAAUCUUUCCAAAGCGGGAGAUCCUCCCAAGAUUGAAGACUCUCUUAGAGUAAAGGACAGCGUGAUACUUUCCAAAGACAGCUUGGAAAAGCCCACCAAGCUACCCUCUCCUAAAGAGUCGGUCCUGGUUUCCGACGCCGACGAUUUGAAAAAAACUGGUCCUUCGGACGAGAAAACAGCAGCCUUGGCUGGUUUGGAUGCCACUCCAUCUUCUGUUUCAGUCCUUUCGUUUAAGAAACCCGUGGUGGAAAAAGAAGACUCCGAUUCCCAAAUCACUUUCGCCGAUCAAAGGCAAGCGAGUCAGGAGCAGGAGGCGGAAACGCCCAAGGACUCCGAAUCUCAAGAAGGAGAGCGGCCGACCACGGAUGCCCUUCCAACCUCCGUCAAGGAACUUCCAUCCGAGACGAAGAAAGAAUCUGUAAAAACCAAGUGUAAAUACAAGCUGAUUUCCGAAGAAGAAAGUUCUCUCACCGAGAACAGGGAAUUAACCUCUGAGAGGCAGAAAGACGGUAAGCUAACGAUCCGAAUCUCCAGCCGGAAAAAAAACGACCCGCUCCCGGCCAAGCCUUUGAACGCGGCCGCUGGGAAGGAAGAGGAGGUGGUCAGCGUUGGACGCAUUUUAAGACGGUCCCCCCGGAUAUCGAAACCGACUCCCAAGGUCGUAGAGACUCGCGAUCAGAAAUCCGAGAAGAAACGAAGCGAGGAAGAGGACGAAAAAGUGGCCUCCGUGCAAAAGCAGGAAAAGAAAGAAGACUCGAAAAAGCAAGAGAAGGAGACGAACUCUAAAGCCCACAAGGUGAAAUUUCAGAAGGGAUUGCGGCCGUUUUGGGGAUGGCGGUUAAAAACCCGGAGAGGAAAGCAAGCCCUCAUUCUAAACUAUGCAUAUCAGGGUAAUUGUUUUACUGUAUUUUUCGGAGUAUAA